CUCACAGUGCAGUUAGAAUUGAUACAUGGCGGAAGAGCUUAAUAACAAAGAAGAAACAAGGAAGCAUCAGAGAGAAUUCAGUUACAGAAUUAUGAAACAGUCCUAAAAUGGAUGGAUAUUUUACAUGAGGGUAAAUAAGUAUCUAAUCUCUGAAAGAUCUGAAAAUCGCUUGAAACCACAUCAUCCAACAACAUAAGUUACCAGUACUAAUUUAAUUGUAUAAUGUGGUUUAAUGUUUAAACCAUGGACAGAGCAGAACGGAUACAAGAUGGUGACUUGUCUUCGAGUGACAGCAAAUGGCAAAUAUUCGUAUCGCCAGCACCCAGAAAUUUAAGAUCAGGUUCAGUUUCUUCAGUGUCCAGCCACCUGUCUAUGAAAAGCAACUGGUCUAAAUAUCAUCCUCUGAACUUCAACGAUGAAGGAGUUCCAUCUGAACACGAUUACAAUUUAAGAUCAGAAUCAGUUUCUCCAGUACCCAGCGACUGCUCUAUGGAUCAUCCUCUGAACUUCAAAGAUGGCAAAAUGCAACCUAGCCGCAGUAAAAUGGCAGAAGGCAGAAUUUUAGUGGAUCAGGAUGAGUUCCUGUGUCCAGUGUGUCUGGAUCUCCUGAAGGAUCCAGUGACCAUUCCCUGUGGACACAGUUACUGUAAGAGCUGUAUUACAGACUGCUGGGAUCAGGAGGAUCAGAAGAGAGUCUACAGCUGCCCUCAGUGCAGACAGACCUUCAGUCCAAGACCUGCUUUAGCUAAAAACACAAUGCUGGCUGAAGUGGUGGAGAAACUGAAGAAGAGAAAACGUUCUGCCUACUGUUACGCUGGAGCUGGAGAUGUGCAGUGUGACGUCUGUACUGGAAGAAAACACAAAGCCGUCAAAUCCUGUCUGGUGUGUCUGGAGUCUUACUGUCAAACUCAUUUUGACCGUCAUGAGGAAUUUCACUCACGUAAGCCACAUAAAGUGACUGAAGCCACUGGACGACUGCAGGAGAUGAUCUGCCAGAAACAUGAUAAACUCCUUGAGGUUUUCUGCCGCACUGAUCAGAAGUGUAUAUGUGUGCUGUGUAUAGAUGAACAUAAAAACCACAACACUGUAUCAGCUGCAGCACAGAGGACAGAGAAACAGCACCAGCUGAAGGAGACACAGAGGUGGUUCCAGCAGAGGAUCCAGCAGAGAGAGAAAGAUCUUCAGCAGCUGAGAGAGGCUGUGAAGUCUCAUAAGGUGAGUCUGGAGAAGAAGAGAACUUUCACCAACAUUGUUCCCAGAACCAGGAACGACUUCCUACAAUAUUCCCAUCAGUUCACUCUGGAUCUGAACACAGUGAAUAAACACCUCCGUCUGUCUGAGAGGAACAGACUGAUUACUUACACUGACACAGAGCUUCAGCCAUAUCCUGAUCAUCCAGACAGAUUUAAUGAGUAUCAGGUGUUGUGUAGAGAGAGUGUGAGUGGACGCUGUUACUGGGAGGUUGAGUGGAGUGGACCUGUGUUUAGAGGUGUGUGUAUAUCAGUGUCAUAUAAGAGAAUCAAGAGGAAGGGACGAGGUUAUGAGUGUUGGUUUGGAUAUAAUGAUCAGUCCUGGAGUUUGAUCUGCUCUUCCUCCAGUUACUCAUUCAUACACAAUAACAUAGAGACUAAACUCCCCGUAAAGCCCAUCAGCAGGAGAAUAGGAGUGUAUGUGGAUCACAGUGCAGGAACUCUGUCCUUCUACAGCGUCUCUGGAGACACAAUGAUCCUCAUCCACACAGUCCAGACCACAUUCACUCAACCGCUCUAUCCUGGGUUUUGGGUUUAUAGAGGAUCAGUGAAACUGUCUUGGUGAAUCAGAAUAGACUGUAGAGAGACUCUACCCAUAAUUCUUUGAGCUCAUGAUAAAUCAGUAACAGUGAGAUGUUAUAGAGUCUCUUAUUUUCUCUUCAUUACAUUAAUACUACAGCUGAACUUCUGUCACUGAAAUAACAUGUCAGAAUAAAUGUAACGCUUUAGAUUACAGCCCGCAAAGCCAUCAGCACUUACACUCCAUUUUCCAGCAUCCCUUUGGUUCCUCACCUGCACUCACUCACCAAUCACCUGCACCUGCAAGUCAUCAACACUCAUCAGCACUCCCUAGCUGUUUCUCAAUGGCCCUGUCCCAAAUGGCACACUCCGGACUUGUGGACUUCCUCAGAGUCCACACUUUGGUGACGUCAUGUAGUGUGCAGACCUAUAGGGCCCUUGGCGCGAGUCCACGAGGGCGCAUUGAGAGGUAUUUUUGGGACAGACUCGAUCGUCACACCGGAAAUAAUGGUCUGGUUGUUUUUUGACAGGAGCUGCAGGUUCGGGGAAUAUGCUGCCUAUUGUUGUUAUUGUUUUUACCAUUUUACCUCUCCAUACAGAGCCGAAUAAAC